ACAGUAUCAGUAUUAGCCCCAGCUCUUACCGAGUAAGAUAUACUCGUACAGGUAUAUGAAAAUAUUAUAUUUUCUGUAAAUGCGCAAGUACACAUGAUGGCCAUGAUGACUACCAGCCACCGCUGCAUGCUACUGGAAUGUCUUCGGGAGAAUGCCGCCAAUAUGCGGAUUGAACAUCAGGCACUGUGCGACCGCAUCAGUAUUGCCCUGCAGACUUCCCGCGAAAGUCUUCGGAGAAUCGAAGCCAUGAACCACCAGCUACAGGAGAUAAAGGUUACUGUUCACAAUGCCCUGGCCUCGAUCAGUGAGCCAGAGCCAGCCGAUGUGGAAAUUGUGGUCAGGGAUAUAUACAAUAUAAUGGCAGAUAACGUGGUUGCUUCUCUAUCCAAUUCAGUAUUUGAAUCUGUCGCUCACUGUCUGCACACGGUCACUGAAUCUGAAUCGAUUGAACCAUGCGAUGUGGCAAUCGUCACAUUGGACACUGAUCCAGCUCUGCAGAGAGUUCCAGAUCCAGACUCGGACCCCCAGACUGUUGCAGAGUCUUCUGAUGAGUUUUCCCCUUGAAUAGGCGCUGUUACACCAUUGACAGACACACAGACACGCUACAGUGAUGGUUUUGGUAGUCAAAACUACCUCCUGAUUAGCUGACAGUGCCAUCCACACCUACAGUGUUUUUAAAUUUGUGUUAUUUAUUUCGUAUUGAUUUUUUAUUAAAAUUUGGAGUUGAGAGCGUCCCAAGCGGUUCCAUCAGA